AUGACUUGUUGCUUGGGAGAUCCCUUGGAAGCUCUAUAUGGAGGAGGGAUUGUAGUAAAUCCAGAAUUUAACUACAACAUUGAAGGUUGGAAAGCUUUUGGAGAAGGUAAAAUAGAAGAACGAAUAUCGAAGGAAGGAAACAGGUUCAUUGUGGCACGUAGUAGAAAGCAUCCAUCAGACAGUUUAUCACAGAAGGUUCAAGUCGAGGAAGGGAAAAUCUAUAGCUUUUCUGCUUCUGUUCAAGUCAGUCAAGGAAGGGAGAUUGUAGCUGUUGUCUUUAAGUUUCCGAAUGGCGAUGGUGUACGUGGUGGUGAUGUUGUAGCUGAGGAGGGGUGCUGGACCUUGCUAAGAGGUGGCAUAGUAGCAAAUUUCACAAGCCCAGUUGAGAUUCUUUUUGAGAGCAAAACCACAUCAGUGGAAAUAUGGUUGGACAAUGUCUCAUUACAACCUUUCACCAAGGAGGAAUGGAGAUCCAACCAGGACAAGAGCAUCAAUGAGGUAACUAAGGCAAGUAAAACUCCUCUGAAAGGCACUAGAGUAUCCAUCAAGCAAAUCAAGGCACACUUCCCAUUUGGAUGUGGCAUGAACCAUUAUAUCCUCACAAACCCUGAUUACCAGAAUUGGUUUGCAUCAAGAUUUAAGUGGACCACUUUCACAAAUGAGAUGAAGUGGUACAGCACCGAGAAAAUACAAGGCCUAGAAAACUAUACUAUUGCAGAUAACAUGGUAAAAUUUGCCCAACAGAAUGGGAUUUCUAUUAGAGGCCACAACGUAUUCUGGGACGAUCCGAAGUACCAGCCUGACUGGGUUAAAUCCCUUUCCCCCGAGGAACUACGAACAGCAGCAGCAAAGAGAAUCAAUUCUGUGGUUUGUAGAUACAGAGGACAACUAAUUGCUUGGGAUGUAAUGAAUGAGAAUCUUCAUUUCAGAUUCUUUGAGGAUAACCUUGGUGAAAAUGCUUCUGCAGAAUCCUACUCAAUAGCUCAGCAGCUUGAUCCUGACACAGUUAUGUUCAUGAAUGAGUAUAAUACCAUGGAAUAUAGCGAAGACAAGAAUUCAAGUGCAGCCAACUACAAGAAGAAACUUGAAGAGAUUUUAUCAUAUCCAGGAAAUGCUAAUCUGUCAGCCGGAAUAGGGUUGCAAGGUCACUUUGGUUCUGGUCAGCCAAAUCUUGCUUACAUGAGAUCUGUUUUAGACAUGUUAGGUUCAACAGGAUUACCAAUAUGGCUUACAGAAGUGGAUGUGGGAAAAGGCCCAAAUCAGGCUCAGUAUUUGGAAGAGGUGCUGAGAGAGGGCUAUUCUCAUCCUGCAGUUAAAGGGAUCAUCAUGUUUGUAGGCCCAUUGGCAGCUGGUUUUAAUGUUACCACACUUGCAGAUAAUGACUUUAAAAAUACUCCAUCAGGAGAUGUUGUGGACAAGCUGAUUGAUGAAUGGAACUCUGGGACCCAAGAAAUCACAACAGAUGAUCAAGGAUUUAUAGAACUUUCCCUUUUUCAUGGAGAUUAUGAGAUCACAGCAGAAAACCACAUCACCAAUUCUUCGGCUACUGUAAGCCUUAGUGUUACACAAGCUGAACCACUUGCAAUUGUUCAGGUUCAUAUUGAUACCUGA